CGUUAUCUUCCCUAGACGGCGAGAAACAUGGCUUUCGUCAGUCUACACCAUGUAACUAACCCACAUCUGAGAUGAUCACUUAAUCAUGAAUGAGAUUUGCACGAUGGCAUGACUUGGGUCCCCGAAUCGAUCAUAGACUUGCUGCAUCCUACAACCAAGGGACACUCUUAAGGAGAGAGGGUCAUUGCUCUGAGCCACAUCAGACGUCAGCUCACUGUCCUCUAAAUCAAGGACCAUGGUGGUGGCUGAGGAACAGAGCCCUCUGCUCCGCCGCCCCCCUGCUGACAACCAUAGCCAUGGCCGGGAUAUCCAUUCCGAGCGCGCUCCCCACGGAAAGCAGGUGUCAUGGAUCUCGGCAUACAUGUUGAUGAUGUCUUGCAUGGUCGGUGCGGGCGUCUUUGCGGCGCCCGGCGUCGUGGCUCGCACCGCAGGAAGCCCCGGUAUGGCUCUCUUGGUCUGGAUCCUAGGAGCUUGCAUCACUGCAUGCCAGACAGCUAUCAUGCUGGAGUUUGGGUGCAUGCUGCCGCGCAGUGGAGGGGAGAAGAAUUACCUGGAAUUUAUUUACCGACGCCCUCGCUGGCUGAUGUCGACCAUCGUCACUGCCCGCGCCGUUCUGAGGAUGACCACCGCCAACAACAGCAUCAUGUUUGGCGAAUAUGUCAUGCACGGCCUGUCGCCACAUCCCUCGGACAGCGCUCGCAAGACCGCCACCCUGUCUUUGCUUCUGGUGUCUGCCAUCCUGCAUGGCCUCUUUCUCCGUCCAGGUCUCCAUGUCCAGAACGCCCUAGGAUGGUGUAAGAUCGCGACUUUGCUCUUUAUGUUCUUGACGGCCGUCGGAACGGUUCUGUGGCGGUCGCCAUCCAUGCCAGCCUCCUCCACGGAUAUCUGGGAAGGCUUUUCGUGGGGAUGGGAAACGGUAUCUCUGGCGCUGUUCAAGGUGCAGUACGCGUAUGCCGGCGUCGAAAACGCCAACAACGUCCUAGACGAGGUGCCCGACCCGAUCCGAAUGUUGAAGCGCGUCAUGCCGCUCGCGAUCCUCAGCGCCUGCCUUCUCUAUAUCCUCCUGAAUGUGGCGUUUUUCCUGGUGCUCCCGCUGGACGAGAUGCGGGACAGUGGCGAGAUGGCGGCCGCCGUCUUCUUCGACCGCCUCUUCGGGGAGCACGUGGGUCGAAUUCUGAUCUCGUUUCUGAUCGCCAUCUCUGUGGCGGGAAACGUCAUGGUUGGGAUCUUCAGUGUAUCCCGCCUGAACCAAGAGAUCGCCCGCCAGGGCUUCCUGCCGCGCUGGCUCGCCUCUUCCAGACCACGCAACGCUCCCCUGGGCGGCGUCCUCGCCGUUUUCGUCCCCUCCGCCCUCAUGGUCCUCCUCCUGCCCUCCAAGGACGCCUACUCGUUCAUCCUCAGCGCCGAGGGCUACACCCACCAGUGGGUGGACAUCGCCCUGGCCGGGGGUCUGCUAUGGCUGCGCCGAAGCCGACCCGACAUGCCUCGGCCAUUCCGUGCCUGGCUUCCACUCGUCUAGCUGCGACUAGGUAUAUGCGUGACUAUGGCGAUGGCUCCGUUCGUUCCUGCAAAUGCGCCUGCGCCAGCAGAGCAUGGCACGUACGCGCUGGUUGGGCUGGCUAUCAUCGGAGCCGCGACUUUAUACUGGUUUACCUGGGCCAAGGUGCUUCCCUAUCUGGGCGGCCAUCGAUUGCGCGAGCGGGAUGGUGUUUUUUCAGAUGGCACCUCUUACAAGGAGAUUGUCCGGGUGAGUGGUCGCGAUCGUGGCAUGAACUGAAAUUGGUACUGGUAAUUGGGGGAUAUUUGGGUUGUGGAUGGGUACAGUUUGUGUUCAAUCUAUAUACGGGUUCUAUCUACAAGAAGACCCCCCAAUAAAUGGCGCUUCUUGAAGUAAGGGCAACUUAAUAUAAUACUCAUCGCAUUGAAAUCGAUAUAGAGCAGCAAUUGACAU